GAGGAACGUGUUAUCGAGAGGAACGAAGGGAAAGUUCUGGCCGUGCCGGACAGUCGCCUCCAACCAGCUCGUGAGAUUCAACGUAGGGUGCCGCGGAACAAGGUGAACGGGUUUACCAGCUCGCCGUGCGUGCACUUUACCUAUCCGCGUCGCGAGCCGAUUGCAAUUUUUCGUUUCGCGCGCUCCUCGACGGUUUCAUUAGAUCCGCGGACAUGCGAGAAAAUCGGUCGACCGGUCGCAUUCUUCGGCGUGCUUGCUUCAGCGGAUUUCGGUGCUGACACGGUGCAUCGUACGCGUACGAGCCGCGAUUAUGAGUGGCGGUGCACGCAACACGAACCUUUUUCCUCGUUGAGAGAAUCGUUUCGCGAAUUCCUAUCGAUAUAACCGAGGCUGGCGAACGACACGGCCGGUAUACCGGCAGGCGACUAUCGGUUGGAUCAGUGAUCGUCGGACUUGAAAAAAAGUCGAUUCUUGUGAAUGGUUCGAAGCUACGCGAGGACGCUGAGACGUUUCUUUGAACAAGAGAAAUGCCUGCGAUAAAGCUUUUCGGAAGAAAAUGGCUAGCUGCGGCCGAUGAUCUCGUCUAUCCGGGCCUGUUUGAAAUUUUCAUUCGAACUGUGUGGUUAAUUUUAAUCGGAAGUGUCUGCGUCAGAUAUUAUCAAUUCAUAUGGAGUUGCCGGUUAGGCGGCGAACUGGUUCGCGUGUAUCUUCUUGGGCAAAUAACGUUUCUCAUCGUAUCGAUGAUUUUAAUGCUGAUCAUCGUGAAGCACAGCGCGAAAGGGUCUAUCAUGGAAACGCGAGCUCGUAAAUAUGUUGAGCCACUCUUGACAGUCAAAAUCCUACUGAUUCUACCUGGGGUAGCAUGGAACGUUUUAGGAAGCUUGUGGAUGUUCGGCGAUAGGGUCGAGUGCAGUUACGAUCACUACACGGUUACCGUAGUGCAAGCAGUGGUGCUUUUCGACUGGGUUCUCAUCGGUCUCACCAUUUUCGGUUUGGCGUUGGUCUUCGAUCCCCUGGGCUCCUUGGCUGACAAAGAUUUAGAUACCUUGGCCGAGCACACCAAGGUUUCCAGCAACUGGAUCCGCAGAGUUAAGUUCCUCUGGUGGCUGAGGAGACACGAGAAAGAUGACGAGACUCUUCAACAUUUCGCUGAUAUAAUGAGCGCUUUAUUCCGUGGAACGGACAUAGUGCCCUCGGAUGUGAUGGCGGGGUGCAUUUUAUUGAUGAUUCGACGUAAAUCGCAGCGUCUAAAUCUCGUGAUUUCUCCGCAAUAUACUAAUGACAUAUCCGCGCUUAUGGCCGAUGCACCUAGUUGGAUGUCCUUGAAGGACGCACUUCACUAUCUGAAGCUCUCGAUAGCUUCAUACGGAUGGAUGUUUUCCAUUUACAUGCACGCGUGUACAGGAUACUUUCGUCUUCUACAUAAUUUAACAUGUUGCAUGUGCUUUCGAAGAAAGCGUACCACAAUUAUCGGCGACAAUUGUUGCUAUUGCUAUUUAGCAGGUGUGAAGGUUUUAUCGGAUGUAUCUACAGAUGAUAUUCUGUAUGCAUCGUUUAAAAAUCAACUAUGCAAGGCACCGUUUUAUGUCAUCGAGGAUCACAAAUGCAAAGCUAUCGUUGUUAUCAUACGGGGUUCGCUAUCGUUGAGCGAUCUCAUCACGGAUAUCACGGCGGAUUCCGCGGUUUUUGAGUGCGAGGGGCUUCCGCCAGGGUCGAUGGCGCACAGAGCCAUGGUAACAGGGGCAAAGCUGAUCUUGAAGGAGUUCGACGAAAACAAAAUUUUGGAACGAGCAUUCGCGACCCAUCCUACCUAUAAUUUAGUAAUCACAGGUCACAGCCUAGGCGCUGGUUUGGCCAUUCUCUUUGGAUUUUUACUGCGACCACGAUACCCAAACCUGAAGGUCUACGCAUUCUCGACCCCAGCCGGCCUCCUCUCCCGAGAAGUUGCUAGAAUAUCGGAAGAAUUCGUUCUAACGAUAGGCGUUGAAAAUGACUUAGUAAUGAGACUAGGUCUUCACUCUGCAGAAAAUUUCAGAACGUCUAUGCUCAUGGCACUUCGUGCCUGCCGGCUUCCCAAGUACAGAGUAGUUCUAAACGGAUUCGGCUACAUGUUAUUCGGUAUUCCCGAAAAGGACCUAAGCAAGACCUGGACCACAAACUGCGCCGAGGUCAACACUUCGAUAGGAGGAUCGCCAUUGCUCGAUGAACGAAACAACGUUGCGACACAGGAAAAUAACAUAUACGAGCGAGACUUUAGGAAACGCAGAGUUACGAAUGUAGAAUUGUAUACAGGAGGGAAAAUACUCCACAUUGUGAGACUCAAGCCUGAAAGGAAACAGACGGAUAGAAAAAGUAAGAAGCAAGGGCCGAAGGAAAGGAAAUAUGGAAUGCGAUGGGCACAACCAGAAGAUUUUAGGGAACUGUACGUAGAGCCACGAAUGCUCCUUGACCAUUUCCCAAAUCACGUGGAACGAGCAUUAACAAGCAUACUAGAAGAACAAAAUAAUCUACCAGUCUAUUUAAACCUCUAAUCUAAUCCAAAGAAACGAUUUUUCGAAUACUGAAAUUUUGAAACGUUCCAAAAAUAUGAGACAUAUGAUAACGUAUGAUAAUUACACGGAAACUUGAUUUUCGCUAUGAAUCAAAAUGUCUAGGAACGAUAAGUUUAUUUAAUCUGUCAUUCGCGCAAAUGGUUCGACCUAUUUUUUGUACCGCUAUAGUAUAAGAAUUCUGAAUUUUAUUUUCGGAAGUGAUAAUACGUUUAUUUAUAUCAAAUCUUCGAGAUACGACGAAAUAAAGAUUAUGUUGUAUAUUA